GCCAUUUGUCAUAAAAGUGAAGGAGGUGUGGUAGUUUAGUUGUUGGGAACAGUUGGCACUGUUGCGGAAUUUGUGCUGGUAUACGAGGUUCAUCCAACACACACGUCAAAAUGAAGAAUCUGGUUGGCUUUUGUGUGCUCAUUUCAGCAUUUCUUUUGAGCUGCACAGUACAGGCUAAGAAACACCACAAAACAACUCCUCUCUCCUCUCAAGGAACAGACUGCACACAGAUAAAGGCUCUCUCACCACAAGCAACCAGUGGGGUUUAUGUAAUCAAGCCUCACAAUGUCAAGGCCCCGUUUAAGGUGUACUGUGAGAUGAGGUCCGAUGGAGGCUGGACUGUGUUUCAGAGGCGCAGUGGAGGAGAGGUUUCCUUCAAUCGGAAAUGGGCAGCAUAUAAAAAGGGUUUCGGAAACCUGACAUAUGACCACUGGCUUGGUCUGAGGAAAGUUUUCUCUCUGACCGAGAAAAAGAACAAGACGUGGACCUUGAGGGUGGACCUGUGGGACCACGAAACUGACACCGCUCACGCCGAGUACACACACUUCAGACUGGGCAGUGCAAAACAAGCUUUCAAACUGCAUGUUGGGAAAUACAGUGGAACUGCAGGUAAUGCCAUCCAUGACCAGAAUGGCUACGGCUUCAGCACCAUCAACCGCGACAAUGACGGCUGCUCCCCUUGCAUCUUUGGAGACAUCGCUGUAAUGGAAUGUGCCGAAUCAGACGGUGGGGGUUGGUGGUACAGCCGCUGCGGCUCUGCCAGCCUGAAUGGCGACUGGCAUCCUGCUGGUGACCAUAUAGGCUGGGCGUCAGGCCUCCACUGGAAAACCUGGAAAACUCACGCACCUUACUCCCUGAAUGCCACCAGAAUGAUGAUCAAAUCUGCAUGAGAGGAACCAACAGACAUUAACUCCAUACUGGCUUUUCUUGUAGCAUAAUGAGAGUGGUUUUACAUUUUAGCACAUAAUCCAAAAGGACUUUUUUUAAUGGGCAAAUCAGUUUUGUUUUUAUUUUUUAGAUACGGGUAGUACAGUUUAUUUUGCACUUUCAGGGGUUGAUUAUUCUAUUUACUUUUCUAAUUUAAUUAUGUCAGCACCUCAGAAAAUGUAGUUGAGAAGAAGACUUGGUUAUCAUUAAACUAUGCAUUUUCAAAACUUUUACUUUACUUUGUUAUUUUUGGUGCAUUCCUUCAAAUUUUGCUGAGUAUUUCGAUUGAUUUAAUGAAUGAAAGUCCACAUAUAGAGGACAGUUUGUAAAGGCCAAGUGCAUUUAAUUGAUUUUAAAAAUACUAUGUAGGUACAUAUUCAAUAAAUAGUUUUGUUUGAAACCCUUA